AAAAGGAUAGUAAAUACUGUCUUUCCACAGGCCUCUGUGUGUGUGUGUUUUUAAAAUGUAUUUGGAGGUUAUUUUGUUUUCUGAGGGGUUAACAUUUCUGUGUGUGGGAGAGGCAUUGGAAAUGUAAAGAAGCACAAAUUUGGAGGGGAAGACUGGGAGUUCACUACUGGGAAGCCUGCAUCUAUUGAGAGAACAAACUGUAUUGGAGACCCCUGAAGCAAGAAGUUUAAGGCAUUGGUGACACGAUGCCUUCAGUUCCUCCAGAAGCAGAGAUGGACACUGGUUCCUGCCCUCACUUUUCUGCUAAAUGCAUGCUGAAUGGAGGGCUGGAGAAGGAGCCCUGUAACAUCAGUGAGGGGAGAAAGUGGAUCCGACCUGACACCCCUAGCAAAUGUACCUGGGAGCUGGGAAAACCCCCCUCUGAAUCUCCUCAUUAUCACCUCACUUUGUCAAAGUCUCCAAACAUCCUGCCAAACAUUCUGAAGAAAAUUGGUGAUACUCCAAUGGUACAAAUCAACAGGAUUGGAAAGUUCUUUGGACUCAAAUGUGAACUCUUGGCAAAGUGCGAGUACUUUAAUGCUGGGGGGAGCGUGAAGGAUCGAAUCAGCCUGAGGAUGGUGGAAGAUGCAGAAAGAGCUGGGAUUUUGCAACCUGGGGACACUAUCAUUGAGCCAACAUCAGGAAACACAGGAAUUGGGCUGGCCCUGGCUGCUGCAGUGAAAGGCUAUCGUUGCAUUAUUGUGAUGCCAGAGAAAAUGAGCAUGGAGAAGGUGGAUGUUCUGAGAGCUCUUGGUGCUGAGAUUGUGAGGACACCAACCACUGCCAGAUUUGACUCGCCAGAAUCUCAUGUGGGAGUAGCAUGGCAACUGAAAAAUGAAAUACCCAAUUCCCAUAUCCUAGACCAGUACCGCAAUGCCAGUAACCCCUUGGCACACUAUGACACGACAGCGGAGGAGAUCCUGCAGCAGUGUGAAGGAAAAAUAGACAUGCUGGUGGCUGGAGCUGGUACAGGAGGCACCAUUACUGGCAUUGCAAGAAAGCUGAAAGAGAAAUGCCCAGAUUGCAAAAUUAUUGGUGUCGAUCCCCAGGGCUCCAUUCUUGCUGAGCCUGAAGAACUGAAUAAGACUGACAAGACGACGUACGAGGUGGAGGGGAUUGGAUAUGAUUUUGUCCCUACAGUGCUGGACAGAUCAGUGGUGAACAAGUGGUACAAGAGCAAUGAUGAGGAGUCUUUUGCUUUGGCACGCAUGUUAAUCAGAGAGGAAGGAUUAUUGUGCGGUGGAAGCUCUGGCAGUGCAAUGUCCAUUGCUGUGAAGGCUGCCAAGGAUUUGACAGAAGGUCAGCGCUGUGUUGUCAUCUUGCCCGACUCUGUCAGGAACUACAUGUCGAAGUUUUUGAAUGACAAAUGGAUGACCCAGAAAGGGUUCAUGAAAGAAGAAGAUGACAUCAUUAACAAACCUUGGUGGUGGCACCUCAAAGUUCAGGAAUUAAGUCUCUCUGCUCCCCUGACAGUGCUUCCAGGUGUCACCUGUGAAAAGACCAUUGAAAUCCUCCGAGAGAAGGGAUUUGACCAGGCACCAGUGGUUGAUGAAUGUGGUGUGAUUCUGGGAAUGGUUACCCUUGGGAACAUGCUUUCAUCAUUACUUGCUGGGAAAGUUCAGCCAUCAGAUCAUGUCAGCAAAGUAAUCUACAAGCAAUUCAGACAGACGUCAAAUCAAGCAUCAGGUGAAACUCUGAUUCAUCUGAAAGACAGCUUGGGGAAACUUUCGCAUAUCCUGGAAAUAGACCACUUUGCUCUAGUUGUACAUGAACAGAUUCAGUAUCACAGUGACGGCUCCUCCAGUAAGAGACAGAUGGUGUUUGGCGUUGUUACAGCCAUUGACUUGCUUAACUUUGUGACUGCACGGGAGCGGGAAAGAAGGGCCACCUAAGUUCAAGGAUCACUCUGUUUGCAACAUCUUCUGUGGCAUUUUGCAGUCUCUAGAAAGAAUCGGGUGUCUGUGUGUGUCUCUCUCUCUCUGUCUCUCUCUCUCCGUUAGAAUUUUCUAUCUCCUGUUUUUUGUUUUUAACAUUCUAAAAAUAAACACAGUGGGAUCAUCCUGACUGCUGUGAUAUAACAGCACAUCUAAACGUUGCAGAGCUUUUCGGGAUUGUUAGCUCUCAGCCUCCUGAAAUUGGUUGAUCUGCAUAGAAUUUAUAUAAAAAACAAAUGUUAGACCUUACUGAUUGUGCUUAAAGUCUAAAACACUGUUAACACGUAACUGAAGGUAAUAAACUGAACAGUCACAGCCAAGCCAUUGUGUUGGCAGCUGAGGCAAGAGCGAUCUAGAAAGAUUGUCUGUGAGACAGAGUGUUGCUCAUUGACAUAGAAUGAGUCCAAGACACUGGAUUUGGUGACAAUAUGGGUAUGCCUUCCCUUGUAAAACAUUUGUGUAUCUUUUCACAAUGAGAUCGUUAACUUGAAACAGGGUUGAGGUAAAUGCUGGACUCCAGCUAUAGGGGUUUACCUCCAGCAGCUGUUUUGAGUCAGAGUUAUCACUUGCCUUGUCUUAACUGAAGUAUUGCAGUAAGGUAGCUAACACAAGAGAGUCAUCUUACUGUAAAAGACACACCUUUUUAUUAGUGAAGAGACAGCUUAUAUCAUUUAUUUUUACCUGGAUGAAUAAGCACAGGCAUAAACAACAACAAAUCAAAAUCAGAUCAAGCUCUCUAAAGAGCGAAUUCUUACUGGUUGUGGCGUGUUUCAUGCACAACAAGAAGGCAGCGCAUUUCCCUGAAAACUUUUAUCUAAGAUUGACCUUCUACCUCAAACUGAAGUUCUUAUGCCUACACGUAGGUCAUAUAAUGUAAUUCUCUCCAGUCAGGAGCAAGGGGAGGCCCUGUAAGAUCCUUUCAUUGCAGCCCCCUGGCUCCUCAAGUGCUUCUGAACUCUAGAUGUCACUGCAGGGAAGAAACACGAGCUUCUGUGAUGUAUAACAAAACAUAAACACAUCUAGGACAAAAUCCUGCCCUUCGUUAGACAUAUAUAACUGGACUACAGGCAAUAGGGCUGCAUAGGUAUGAGGGGGCAGAAUUUGGCCCAUAAUAUUUAACGAGUGUACUGAACACACUGUGACCAAACUUACCAGUGACCCACUGCAGUGGCAUUGGAUGAGCCAGUCAGAGGGGAUGCUGUGCAGUUAGCUACAUGUAACUCUGGAUUUCUUUUAGCUACAGAGGUUUCUGGAGUCUCAUUUGUGUCUGACUUGCAUUAGUUUAGUGUGGCCCUUUCUUAAACUGUUCAGUUCACCUAACCAUGUACACUGGCUAAUAGCAGCUCUCAGCCACUCUGCAGUGGUUUAUCUAAUAACUCUACAGUGAUGGGGGAUGGGGGGAAUCGAUUUCCUAUAUCUAUUAUGACUGCUGUGAUCCUCCUCUGAUAGGUUAUUUGCCACAAUAAAGCUCUCUGCCAGCACAGAGAGGCUGUCUUGGCUUCUCACUCCCUUUAGCUGAAGCAGAAAAAUUCCAGUUUAACACAAAAAGCCAGACAAAAACUCCCAAAGAAUCUGCAGCUGUCAAUCAACUAAAAGAGGAUUUUUUUACACACACACACACACACACACACACACACACACACACACACACACACACACACACACACACACACACACACACACACACACACACACACACACACACACACACACACACACACACACA